AUGUCGAUUCCUCCCUUCUCACUCCAACGAGCUGUUAGGCGUUGGCUACGAGCCCUUACUCCUACAGAAAAGGCUUUGUUGAAAGAAUACCACUUAGAGGCACUUUUAGGCUUACAACAAAUUAACAUUUAUUAUAACUUUCUGCAUGCAUCCCUAAGCUUUUGGGAUUCCGAUCAUCAUGUUUUUGUCUUUCGGGGCAACGAAAUAUGUCCUUUCCCAGUGAAUUUUCCGCGAUCCUUGGUUAUCCUACUAAUGCUACUCCUGCCACCCCUAGCACCAUUGAAGAGGGUAAAACAACCAUAGGGGCUUUCCUAGGACUAGAUGCUAACAUGCUUGCUGAGAUUGUUGUAGGUGAUGAGGUUAAUUUGGCGAAGCUUGUAAAACAUCACUUUAGACCUAGUAAAAAUAUGACCGAACAAAAAUUGAACAUUCGAGCCCUUGUAUUUUGCUUGUUGAAUCAUUAUUUGCUGUCGAAUAACAAUGGUGAGUUCGGUGACAUAAGGUUGAUCCCCUUGAUUAGCCAGUUGGAAAGUUGCUAUUCUAUUAUGCCGUUGGUUGUUGCCGAGACUUUGCUGAGCGUGGAUGAACUGAAGAAGGAUGCCAAAUCUGAAUAUUUUAAGGGGAGCCCCCUAUUGCUUCAGAUUUGGCUCAUGGAACGACUUAGGCUCUUAGAAAUUCCUGCCGAUCCUAAACACUAUCGCCCUAUAGCCUUGGGUAAUCGGAAAUGUUUGCACCGAGGCCAGGACGAGGCCGAGUUGGCCUCCUUUUUUACUCAUGGUAUCUGUUCUAUUAAGUGGGUGGUACCGUGGUGGAGUUUGACUACUAUGACGGGGGGUUCUGAUGUAUCGGUUUAUGUUUCUUUGUUGGGGCUAUCCCGGCCCAUUUAUAUCUUUCCUUACCGAGUCAUGCGUCAAUACAGCUUAAGGCAGACCAUCCCCUUUUCUGAUACGGUACCACCUAAAGUAGAGGCCUUUUCACAAGCACGGGUUCAAGCAUGGGCUAAGUAUUAUGAUGGUCUCCCGUGUUGGACCGUACCUACAAAUGGCUUUGUGGGUCUUUCUGAAAACUAUAAGUUGUGGAUGAGCUCCGAUGAUAAAGCUGUGAGGACCGAGGCUCGAAAUGGGGAGCCGGCUGAGCUUUUGAUACCUCGUAUUCGGGUUAGAUAUGAGGGUCGUGAUUCUGCCAAUCCUCGCACCCAUGGUAUUAAGACUGUGAUAGCUCGUCCUGAUCGAAAGCGAAAGAAAGUUCCUCCCCGUUCCAGUUCUAGGCCUAAGAAGAUGCCUAACAUGAAGGGGCCUGCCAUUGCUAAAAGAAAUGCAGGCUCUCGCAGAGAUCGUCGCCGGAACAAUGUAUGGGUUAAGAAGGCUCAGGCGCCUGUAGAAACAGUGACUAAUCUAGUUGAUGUUGAUAAUCCUUCUCCCACCAUUGUCUGUGCCCUUGAGGCUGAGCGGGCUAUAACUGAGAAUGUUUCUGAAGUCUUGGCAUCUUUGGAAGUUAGUGUCCAGAAGCCGGUUCUUAUGGAGAUUGAUAUAGGGGCAGCGCAGAAGACUGUGGGUGUGGAUCCUGCGAAUCUUGCCCUCUACAAGACUUUAUUUGAUGAUCCGGAAGAACUAGAAUAGUGUAGUUCCUGCUAGGGUGUAGGUGCCCUUUGUUUAUUCCAGUUGUGUUUGUUUUUCCUUCUUCGCACUUUUGUUUUCCUUCUUAUUAUUUUUUUUAAUAAAGGCGUAUUUUAUUUUUUACUUUCGUUUUUGCUUCUCCCCCUUUUUUUAUAUUUUAUAUAUGUCUAACACUUUUUCACAAUGUAUAUAUAUUUUGCUAUUUAAUUGGACCGAAUCCAUAAAUAGGAUUGCCUACGUAUCUUUGUUAGAAUCAGGUCGCGCGUAGUUCUAGCUAGAAUAAAUUCUAGGAUGCCGGAUUUAAAUAGAUAUGCCCUGAGGUGGAAACAUUUUAUUUAAUCGGUCAAAUGAGUGAAGUAUUAUCAUUAUUUUCGCCCGCUGUUUUUUGCC